GCAACCAUGAGCCAUUCUUCAAUGCAUACCUCUACCUCUUACAGGCGCACUUUUGGAAGCCCACAUCCCAUCUCAAUGACUUCCUACUCCCCCGUGUCCUCUCGCAUGCCCAUUUCUACAGGGCGCUACAUGCGUUCAAUGUCACCCGUGAUGGCAUCCCGAUCCACCACCUACCACCAACAGCGUUCUCGCCCCACCCCCCAGCCCCCUCGUCUCUCCUACGACAAGGUGGACUUCACCUUGGCUGAAGCCAUCAAUCAAGAGUUCCUCACCACCCGCAGCAAUGAGAAAGCUGAGCUGCAGGAGCUCAAUGACCGCUUUGCCAGCUUCAUCGAGAAGGUACGAUACCUGGAGCAGCAGAACAGUGGACUGCAGCAGGAGCUCAACCAGUACAAAGGCCAGCAGCAGCAAGGUCAGCCAAACCGGGCCUCUGAGCUCUUCCAGGAGGAGCUGAGGGAGCUGAGGCGCCAGCUGGAUGCAGUCGGCAAAGAGAGGGACCAAUAUCAGCUGGAGAGGGACAACGUGGCCGAAGACCUGGCCCUUCUCAAGCAGAGGUUGGAUGAAGAAGCCCAGAAGAGGGCGGAUGCUGAGAGCAACCUGGUUGCCUUCCGCAAGGAUGUGGAUGAUGCUACAUUGUCCCGCUUGGAGCUGGAGAGAAAGAUUGAAUCUCUAAUGGAUGAAAUUGAAUUCUUGAAGAAACUCCAUGAUGAAGAAAUCCAGGAUGUACAAGUGAGUGUCCAAACCCAUCAGCUGAAGAUGGAGGUGGACAACAGCGCCAGGCCAGACCUCACUGCUGCUCUGAGGGACAUCCGUGCCCAAUAUGAGACCAUUGCCUUAAAGAAUAUGCAAGAAUCUGAGGAUUGGUACAAGUCCAAGUUUGCUGAUUUGACUGAGUCUGCAAAGCGCAACACUGAUGCUCUGAGGCAGGCAAAGCAGGAGGCCAAUGAGUCCAGGAGGCAGAUUCAAGCUCUUAACUGUGAAAUUGAUGCCCUGAAGAACACAAACGAAGCUCUGCUGAGGCAGAUGCGUGAAAUGGAGGAUCAGUUUGGCAAUGAGAUUGGCAACUACCAGGACAAUGUAGGCAGACUGGAGGAGGAAAUUCGCCACCUGAAAGAGGAGAUGGCUCGCCACCUUCGGGAGUACCAGGACCUCCUCAAUGUCAAAAUGGCUCUGGACAUUGAAAUCGCCACUUACCGCAAACUGCUGGAAGGGGAGGAGAGCAGGAUUUCUGUUCCCAUCCUCCAUAUUGGGAUGAGCAAUCACCUUGGUGAACGAGACUAUGAAAAAACUCCAGAUACCAUGGGCAAGAGGACUGUGGUGAUUAAGACAGUGGAGACUAGAGAUGGAGAGGUGGUGAAGGAAUCAAGGAGGGAGAAGGAAAGUGACUCUGGUAAAACUGACAAGGACAAUUAGAUGGAAGCUCAUUAAAUAAUGUGAAGGCCAGCGCCAUGAUAUAGGGGGGAAAAAUAGAAAGCUGAACAAUAGAAAACAACAAAUGUGAUUUAUUUAGUCCUCAUUCCCAUUAGUGAUGUGUUUCAUUGUCUAGCAAUGUGUCUUUCAGCAUCGGUGCAACGUUGGACGAAUUAUUUUGGACAGUGUCACUUUGGUGCUACUUAAGCCACCCAACUUUUGCUGAACCUAACCUGUGUCAUCUGUAGGGCUAUGCAAAGCCACUUUAUUAAUGUACCACUUGAGGCCUUGUUUUACAGUGCAAUCCCGUGGAAUCCUUAGAUGACCACAAAUUUAUAGCAGAGAAUUAAAUUACAGACAGAAACAGGUAGUUUAAAUCCAGGAUUUUAGUAGUUUGUGUCAUAAUAUGACUCACUAAAUAUACCUUCUGACACUGCCCUUUGGCCAACACACCUUAAAUAACAGACCAAGAUUAACUUAAUCUGACUGCUUUCGUUUUUAGAAGCUUUGCUAUGCUCGUCUUAUGCUGACCACCUUUUCACCAAGGAAUUGGGAGAAUAAAUAAACUGAAAAGAUCUUUGCAGAAUGUGCUUUGUAAUGAUGUGUGUAACUUGCACGA